AUGAUUCGUGGUACUUCCAUACGGCUACAACAUCGCCAAAAUCCCGCAGUUUUACGGCGAACUCGUGCGAAUAAGCCGUCAAAUGAAAUUACAACGACCCAACUACAAAUAGUGACGCUUCCAACACCACCGCAGCCACAACUGACUUUAUCUGAAUUAAUCGAAUCAUUAGAAACAUGGAGAGAUCCUGAUGACAGUGCACAAGAUCUGAUAGCAAAAGAAAGGAUUCAAGAUUGUUUCGAACAACAAUCAGACAGUUUGGAUUUAUCCUCUCUCUCUCUGAGCACACUGCCGGAUGCAAUUGGAAGAAUGCAGCAUAUACAAUUCUUAUCUCUUGCCAACAAUUGCUUCUCUGAGUUGCCGGAAAUCUUGGUCCAACUGACCGAUUUGAAACUAUUGAACCUUUCAUAUAACACACUCGUAGGCAUACCCGAUAGUAUCAAAUUAUUCGAAAAACUGCAAUUUCUCAACGUAAGUUGUAAUCAACUUCAAAAGGUUUCUGCUGAACUGGCGCGUUUGCCGCACAUUGAAACAGUGCUCUUGCCUCAUAAUCGAAUCCUGGAAUUUCCCGACAAUAUUAAAAGUAUUAAAGCUCUCGAGAUACAUGAUCAAGUGCCAUUUGCAAGAGUCGAUCGCUUUUCUGUUGAAUUUGCAAAGCAAUGGGAGGCCACGAUAAAACAUGAAGGAGAUUCGGGUUACUUUGAAAUAUGGAUGGCCCGAUUCGAAGAAAUCCUCAAGUUGGAACAUAUAGAAAGGUAUGCCGAUGCACUCCAAGGGCGUGUCGGUAAAAUAAUGAAUUUGAUGGUAAAAAGCGCACAAUUACGUCAACGAUGUUUUAUCGAAGCAAAUAAAUUUAUUGCUACAUGUUACGACGGUCUUCUAUUCUCCUUAUUUGUCAUGGAAACCAUUUAUCUCGAGGAAAAGAUGAUGAUUUUAGAACUGUCCGAUGACGAAGUUCGACAAGCUAUGGAACAAAUAUAUAAUUUUCGUCGGCUACAAGACCUUGCUAUAUUGUAUGCUCGGAAACAAAUCGACGAGACAACGACGACCGAACGUGAUGCAGAGAUAGUGGAAUUAGAAGCAAGUCUACUUUUCUAUUCGUCAUCGGCGAAUACUCUUGACAUGCCAUUAGAUAAAGAGAACUCUCGUUUCAUAAAUGAUGUUCCAAGAAUAUCACUGGAUGUUCAAAUGACAGUUCAAUUGAUCGAACAGGAAAAGCGCGAAGCUGGAGAAGACUAUUUGGUGGACUAUCUUAUCGACAAAGAAGUGUGGGUGUUCUAUUUAGAAGUUCGUUAUGCUGAUAUAAUCGCAGAACAUACAGGAAUAUUUAUGGAACAGUUAGAUGAAUUGGAAGCGAGAAAAAGCACAAUGCUUGAUUAUGAUUAUCUUGUCGAAGCCAAUGCGCUUGUCGAAGAAAAGACAGAUUCUGAACAAAGAUUGUAUCGUCAGUUAACCAAGAAUAUUGUGAAAGACUAA